AUAAAAACGAAGAGGAAAAUAAAUAUCGAGUAAUAAUAAACCAACAACAAACAACAGAGAAAAGCUAAACUAUGGUUUAUUCCAUAAAGAACAGUGAAACUGGUGAGUUUGAGUAUUUCUAUACCGAUUCAGCACGCAUCAAGCAGCCAAAAUAUGAUGAAGAGACCGGCGAACCGGUCUACGAUCAAAUGAAAGUCCGCUACCGCAAGCAUGGCAACUUCCAUGUGCCCAAGCGCUAUUUGCGUGGCACCAUUUGCGACGAGGUGGACAAGGUGCUGGCCAACAAGCAUCACGAGGAUUGGGCAAAGCAUGUGAUCGGCAGCAAAGCCACAAAGAGCGCCUCCAAUGAAAAGAAAACGACGCCCGGCUACGAGCGCGAGGAUUACAUCAAAAUGGAUGGCGUGAGUAGCAACAUCAUAUUGGGCUACGAACGCAACAACUCCUUCCUGCUGUUUCUGAUACCCACACUCUUCUCGUGGAACCUCUUUCUGUGCGGUUUGCUCUCCCUGCUGGAGAUCGGGCUGCACAUGAUGUCGCACUACAAGAACUCCCUGACCAUGCAGAAGAACCUAUAUUUUCGCAGUCCACUUCACGUCCUCUCCUCCCAGUUCUGUGCGAUCUGCCGCAACGAGUCCGGCAGCAAAUACAAUCGCACCUUCGACAUACUCAACGAACAGAUGCGAGUGGCGCAUCGCACCGCAUUGAAGAACAUGGCCAAGGCCAUGGGCUGAGUUGCGAAUG